AUGACGUACAGACAAGACUCCGAUGUGGUGGUGCCACACGGCCUGCUGCUGCCCCGCGCCGCGUUCCUCCACGUUGGCUGCCUGACUCCUGCUGCACAGGAUACCACGAUCGGAUCAGAGCUGUGUUAUACGACUCAUUGGAGUAACAUCAGCGUGAGCUGUCUUACCCCGGCACUGUCGGCUGGCACUCAUACCCUGGUACUCUCCGCUGAUGGCUUUGGUGCUGCUGCCAGGGAAGUGGAGUACGUACUGCAGGUGACCUCGGCCUCAGCUACCCAGGGGUCAGUGAAGGGUGGCACGCUGGUCAGGCUGGGCGGCACAGGCUUCAGCUCGGAUUGUUCCCGCCUCAAGGUGAAGCUGGGCCAGGUGUAUGAGUGUGAGGUGCUGCAGUGCUCCGAUGAGGCCCUCACCUGCAUCACCAGGCCCAUCACCACCAACCACAGGAUUGUGAAUGUUGGCACCAGCUCUGAGACUGUACCAUGGUAUCCUCGUGUGCUGGAGGUAGUGGAGGGAGACUCAGUAACCUGGCAGUGGAGUAAGGUGUCUGAGAACUCACAGCUGCAGUACGGAGUGUGUGAGGUGGCCAGCCCUGUGGAUAAGUGUGAGGACGCUGAUGGUUCUGGCUUCUUCUCAGGGACACAGACUGCUGCAGGCUCUUUCACAGUGGCCUUCCCCCAGCAAGGCAUCCACUAUUAUGCUGGCCCCACACUGCCUGGUGGUGUGGUGAUGCGGGGCCAAGUCAACGUGGUACAGCCACCUCAUCAGGCCCUCAGGAUGGCCGUACUGCUGGGUAACAAGGAAGCCACCUACCAGGUUGCCGGGAGUCAGGUCGUCAACAUGAGUGGCUGUGACCCCAUCCUGGAGAUGCCUCUGGACGGGUGUGACCUCCCCGACCUGACCACACCAGAAAAUGGAUACCUGUACUUUCAUUUCCACACCUGUCACACACCUGUGGUCUCUGCCCUGGCCUCCUCCACCACCCACACUGUGAAGGGCCUGAGCGGCCUGCAGGUGGUGGGCGGCGACUCUCUCACCAUCACUGGAUCAGGCUUUGGUGACCUGGCCUGCCAGGUAGAGGUCAGUGUUGGUGAAGCAUCCUGUAGUGUGACCUCUGCUUCAGACACCUCUGUGACCUGCGAUCUGGACAACCUGGACAACCUGAGGUCGGGUGCAUACCUGCCCAUCACUGUCAAGGCAAUCAACAGGGGCAUAGCAGUGACAGACAUCACAGGGUACAGCAGUGAGGGCCGUGUGGUGGUGGUGCCGCAGGUGUCCUCCCUCAGUCCCCUGGAAGGCUCCCUGGGUGGCAGCACCCUGCUCACCAUCAGUGGAAGUGGUCUGCAGGGUCUGGUUGCCUCUCCUGUGGUGCUGGUGGGGGGCCAGACCUGUGUGGUGCAGAGUGUCUCCUCCACCACAGUCACCUGCCUCACUCCACCCUCCACCUCUGCCACCGUGGCCACCUUCACUCUGACUGUGGCUGGUGUGCCGGCCAAGAUGGACACCCUUACCUUCACCUACAGUGAGGCACUCACCCCUGUGGUCACCAGCAUGGCAGUGCAGGGCGAGGAAGUGACAUUGUCUGGCCACAACUUUGGCAGUGACAACACCAAGGUCACCAUCACUCUGGUGCAACAGUCGGUCCCCCAUGGCUGCCGAGAGGUGCCUCAGGAGGAGGAGAAGGAAGACUUGAUGGUGGAAGAAAGGGAAGAGUGGUGGUGGUGGUGCUGA